AAUGAAAAAUCAAACGCAACGCAUUACGCAUUUCUGAAGGAAGGUUCGAACGUGGUCAGAGAUUCCACAGAAGAACCUUCUCUGACUUAUUCUCAUCAUCCACACGCCAAACGCUUCUCUUUCGAUUCACGAACGAUCAUUUCUUCUCUCUCCGAUCAGAAAAACAAUUCCUAAUUAGGGUUUCAAAAUUCGAUCCCAAACAAAAAAUUCCCCAUAAGUAAUCUUACCUUGCGACAGCUCUAGGGUUUCCAUCGAGCUCUCAAAUAUCAAUCUCGCUUUGUCUAUGCCAUUGAGAAGAGGCAAGAGAUGUACAGCAAUUUCAAAGAGCAAGCAAUAGAGUACGUGAAGCAAGCGGUGCAAGAAGACAAUGAGGGAAACUACGCGAAAGCGUUCCCACUUUACAUGAACGCUUUGGAAUACUUCAAAACCCACCUUAAGUACGAGAAGAACCCUAAGAUCAAAGAAGCAAUCACUCAAAAAUUCACCGAGUAUCUGCGCCGGGCCGAGGAGAUCCGGGCCGUCCUCGACGGGCCUGGCCCAGCCUCUAACGGGGACGCUGCCGUUGCCACGCGGCCCAAGACUAAGCCCAAGGACGGCGAGGUUGAUGGGGAGGAUCCAGAGCAGGCCAAGCUUCGGGCUGGGCUUAACUCGGCUAUUAUUAGGGAGAAACCGAAUGUGAAGUGGAACGACGUCGCGGGGUUGGAGAGCGCGAAACAAGCGCUGCAGGAAGCGGUUAUCUUGCCUGUGAAGUUUCCUCAGUUUUUCACUGGUAAACGACGACCUUGGAGAGCGUUUUUGUUGUACGGUCCACCUGGAACAGGUAAAUCGUAUUUGGCCAAAGCCGUUGCUACAGAAGCUGAUUCCACGUUUUUCAGUGUUUCUUCAUCAGACCUGGUUUCAAAGUGGAUGGGUGAAAGUGAAAAGCUGGUUUCAAAUCUUUUCCAAAUGGCCCGUGAAAGUGCACCUUCUAUCAUAUUUAUUGAUGAAAUAGAUUCUCUGUGUGGUCAGCGUGGAGAAGGUAAUGAGAGUGAAGCUUCAAGACGAAUUAAAACUGAACUUCUGGUGCAGAUGCAGGGUGUAGGACACAAUGAUCAGAAAGUUCUUGUACUUGCAGCUACGAAUACUCCUUACGCUCUAGACCAGGCAAUAAGGCGGCGUUUCGAUAAGCGAAUAUACAUUCCCCUGCCAGAUUUAAAGGCUCGUCAACACAUGUUCAAGGUGCACCUGGGAGAUACACCCCAUAACUUAAAGGAAGGUGAUUUUGAACAUUUAGCUCGCCGGACUGAGGGAUUUUCAGGUUCAGAUAUAUCUGUCUGUGUGAAGGAUGUUUUAUUUGAGCCUGUGCGCAAAACCCAAGAUGCCAUGUUUUUCUUUAAGAAUCCUGAGGGUAUGUGGAUCCCAUGUGGACCAAAGCAACAGAGUGCAGUACAGAUUACAAUGCAGGAGCUUGCUGCAAAAGGACUUGCUUCUAAGAUCCUUCCACCACCUAUAUCGAGGACAGAUUUUGAUAAGGUACUUUCUAGACAAAGACCUACAGUAAGCAAGGCUGACCUUGAUGUUCAUGAGAGAUUCACAAAGGAGUUCGGAGAGGAAGGUUAAUUCCGAUGGAAUUUUACUUCGACGAUACAUACUGGUUUAAACAUGUUGUGAUUUGUAAUUUACAGAGCUAUUGGAUCAAGUGAAACGCAUAUUCUUUAAGUUAUAUGGGGGAUAUGAAUUCUCCUCAUGUCCGGGAGUGGAUUUAUAGAAGUGAACACUUAUUCUGCUUCACUUUAAUUGUGUAUAAGAACAGAAUCUGAAUUGAUCAGAAAAAAUAACUUGUAUGUUAAUAUGCGAUAUUGGUUACUCAUCUUGGUC